ACGCAGUCAGGCUGUAUACUCAGUUGCUGCUAGUCUCUUUUUUGGAGGCAGGAAUGUAAAUCCAGAGGGAUUAGUGGGAGCGCAACGGGCUGUGAAGCCUUCAGUAGCUCUCCAAGGGGUCUGUCUCACUGCAUGAAGUUAGGACAGGGAGUCCGGACGCGCCGCGCACUCAUCCUACAGCCUCUGUGCGCGCCAUCUCUGCGGGACACUUGAUUACGAUUUCUAAUAUUUAUGUGCUAUGAAUUGCACUACCUACGAGGGUUACUGACACAAGGAGACAUUUGGCGGAUGUUAAGUGUUACUUCAGCAGAUCAUCUGUCCCGGAGCGUAAAGAGGGACAUGGGUCAAAUUAAUGGGGCGACUCUUCUACCGUUUGGGGCUAUCUGUGCUGUUUUCCUGUGGGAAUCUGGGGCCAGCUCUAUCAGGACGACGAUUUCAGUGGACACAUCAAGGAUGGAGUGUCCAGAUAAUAAAAUCCUGACUGUGGAGUAUUCCUGUGUCAGAGCCGGAGGGAAGAAUGGCACUUGUUUCAGGAGGAAGUGCUGUGAUGGAUUCAGGUUUGUGAUGGGCCAGUGCAUACCUGAAAGUGUGGAUGUGUGUGCCGCGUCACCCUGUGAGCAGCAGUGUACUGAUAACUUUGGUCGAGUCAUCUGCACUUGCUACCCCGGUUAUCGCUUUGACAGGGAAAGACACCGCACUCACAAGUCUCCCUACUGCCUGGACAUCAACGAGUGUGAGGUCUCUGGUAAAAGUCUAUGCGACCAUGAAUGUGUGAACACAGUUGGCAGUUUUCUGUGUAGCUGCCGCACCGGUUACAUCCUUGCCCCAGACCAGCGGUCCUGCAUCCCAGUGCACAACUUGAGUUCUUCUGGAAAGUCCGACACCUUGAUGAGUGCUGGUUCCUGCUCGUUCACGUGUCAAGAUUUCAUGAACAUGAAAAGCAGCCUGUUUCAACUCAAGCUGUGCCUGGGAAACACACAGUCACACAACCAGGUUUCUGGUCUGGCUAACAGCAGCGACAAACCGACUCGAGCAGGAAAAAGCACAGACAGCCCCUGUCUUCCUGGAUUACCUGGCCCACCAGGAGGUCCUGGUCUCCGAGGACACCCAGGAGAACCAGGAAGCAGUGGGGAGCCAGGGGAGAAAGGUCCACCUGGUCCAAGGGGUCCACGGGGAGACAUGGGGCCCAUGGGACCAGAACCUGACCUCAGACACAUAAAAAGGGGUCACAGAGGGCCAGUGGGACCACCCGGGGCUCCAGGAAGAGAUGGAUUAAAGGGUGAUAGAGGAGCUCCAGGACCCAGUGGUCCACCUGGACCACCCGGCUCUUUUGACUUCCUUUUGCUAAUGAUGGCGGACAUCCGCAACGACAUCAUUGAGCUGCAGGAGAAGGUGUUUGGUGAGCGGAGAGGAAUCUCCCUGGACAGUCCUCCUAAUUUCAGCGGGGAGGAGGAUUUUGUAGAAUGGGCCUCUGGACAAGCAGAUCUCCAAACCUGACCCUUUGAUAGCCUGCUUAGACUAUCAUUCACUCACUCGAGGCUAGCAGACCAAACACAAUGCCUACCUUUUAGUUUUGCUUGUGAAACAUUAGCAUGUCAAUAACCGCUCCGUCUCACAGCUGAACUGAAUGGAGCAACGAGUGUUGUUGGAACUCUGACAAUGGCUCAAACUGUAAAGCUGAGAGAAAACAGACAUUUGAAAUCUCUCUUAAUCCGCUGCCAGCACAAUAUUGUUGCCUUUCAUUGCUGUGGGUGGGAGUGGGCCCUGUGCGUGCCGUACAUCAUGUGAGAAAGAUACAACAUUAUCCCUUCUGUCUGAGCCUCUUCUGAGCUCUGCCUUUGAGCUGAACCACUUCAAACGAUGAAUUUUAUCAUCUACAUCUCUUCCUUUUCCUGUGUCCAUCCAUGGAAGCUCCGCUUUGCCACUGAUGGAUUGCCUGCAGGGGCAUUGGUUAAAAAAAAAGAAAAAAAAACAACCCAGGACCUGCACUGUUUGCCUUUCCUGCACCUGCCUGCAGUGUUCAGUGCUGAGGCUUGACCUUUGCAGCUGUUCUCUGAGGCAAACUCAGAAAAUAUUUCAUGAGAUUCAUGAGCAUUGUGUUGUAAUUGUACAAUCAACAAACAGAGCUUCAAUUUUGAUUAGAAAAACUAUGUAACAAGUAAAAACUGCUGGCAUCUGUUGCUUUAACAAUAUGAAAUGAUACAAGAAUUAAUUACAAAAGAUGGUUACUGACAUUUUAAAUAUCAUAACACAAUUUAUUUAAGGUGUAUUUAAAUUACACUUUUAUAGUCCACAUUUUACCUUAAUUUGUAAACAUAUUGUUCAUGAAAACAGAUUAGAGAGAACAUAUUCUUUCUCAUACAAAUAAUCCAAAUCUGGAAGACAUACAAAAAGAAAACUGCUUUAAAAGAGUAUUUUUCUUUUUGUCUUCAAAGCAGUAGCAAGGUAAGAGCUAACUUCCCAUUUAACUUUUAAAAUCAGAGAGAUAAGAGGGGGUGGAACUGUAAAAAACAUUUAAAAACAUACAAAAGGAUUUUGCCACUGGGGAUUUAGUUAAGAACAAAACAAGUGAAUAAAUGUACUGAAAUCGAAGUUUUGAACUUUGUUAACAUUUUCAGUGUGAGAUAAUGGUUCUGCAAUAAAAUAUCAAUUUAUUUUACAGCUUUUUACACAGUUUUUUUUACCCUCAUCUGUUUGUAUUUGCUGAAUAUUUAACAAAGUCAAUAAAUUGGAUAAUGCAACA